AUGAAUCAACCUGAAUCAGUGUAUAUGUGUUCAGCAUUUCGAGAAGAUGAUUUAUUUCGACGAUUUUUUGCCAUAUUUUCCUGGCUUCUGAAAGUAUUUACCUUUAUAAUCUUCUUUGCAACAAUUCGCUUACAUGAUCAACAAAGAAACGAUCCAAUUGAACACGAAAAUGCCGUUCAAGAAGUUGACGACGUGAGAAGAUACCGACGAGUUGCAUAUCGUCCACGUCAGCGAAACCAGGAGUAG